GCGGUUCCGGCGCGCGCCCGGGGCGGCGGCGCGCAGCGGGGGGCGGUUGGGGUGCGCGCCCGCCGCAGUGGACGCCAUGCAGCUGACAGUGAAAGCGCUCCAGGGCCGCGAGUGCAGCCUGCAGGUGUCGGAGGACGAGCCCGUGUCCACGCUGAAGCACCUGGUCUCCGAGAAACUCAACGUCCCCGUGCGCCAGCAGCGGCUGCUGUUCAAGGGCAAGGCCCUGGCAGAUGGGAAAAGACUCUCGGAUUACAGCGUGGGGCCCAAUUCCAAGCUGAACCUAGUGGUCAAACCUCUGGAGAAGGUGUUACUGGAAGAAAGCGCUGCCCGCAGACUCGCCGAGGCGCCGCCUCCAGCCGCCCCAGCCUGGCAGCUGGUCUCCAAAGUCCUGGCCCGCCACUUCAGUGCGGCGGAUGCCAGCAGAGUCCUCGACCAGCUACAGAGGGAUUAUGAGAGGUCCCUGAAUCGCCUGACGCUGGAUGACAUCGAACGCUUGGCGAGCCGCUUUCUGCACCCUGAAGUGACUGAAGCUAUGGAGAAGGGGUUCUCCAAAUAAGAUCCUCAGAGCGUGGGGAGGAGCCUGGCCAGGCUGCAAGCUGCAUGUAGCAUUAAAUGUGUUCUCUUGUUGCAA